AUGCCCGCCUACGAAGAUAAAGAUCAAGCGGCCGAUUCCUCCGAUAAGGUGCAGGCAGCCACCGCCAAUGGAGGCUCUGCCCCCAAGCACUCCAAUCCCACCCUGGCUGUGCCGGGUGCCGACGAUGAAGGCCCAAUCGAAGUGCCCGCCUCGCGAUCCUCCAUCGCCGAGAGCGAGCAUCUCAUGCACUCUCUGAGCAUGUCUCCCUCGCAGGUCGAGCGACGGAGUUCCAGAAACAGCUUCGGGGCUUCCCUCCCCAUCCCCCGAUCAAGACGCCAGUCGCGCCAGUCGCGCCUCUCCUCCGUCACCCUGGCAGAUGGCCGCCCCGCGAGACCUGGGAUGCCGGCCAUCCAGCCCAGCCGGGAGAUCCUUUCGUCCCAGGUCCAGGACAUGUCGGCUGUCAAGACGAGCGCCGCCAAGGACAUGGCCUUUGCCUUCGACAUUGAUGGUGUCCUCGUCCACGGUGACCGCCUGAUCCCCGAAGGCCGCCGCGCCCUCGAGAUCCUGAACGGGGACAAUGAGCUCGGCAUCAAGAUCCCCCACAUCUUCCUCACCAACGGAUCCGGCAAGCCAGAAGCGGCUCGCUGCGCCCAGCUCUCCAAGAUCCUCGGCUCGCCCAUCUCCACCGAGCAGUUCAUCCAGUCGCACACCCCCAUGUCUGCGCUGGCUGAGUACUACGACACUGUCCUGGUCGUCGGUGGCGAGAAGUACCAGUGCCGCGAGGUCGCCAAGCAGUACGGCUUCAAGGAUAUCGUCGUGCCCAACGACAUCUACGCCUGGGACCCCACCAUCUCCCCCCUGAAGGAGUUCUUCACCGCCGAGCAACGCGCCACGUCCAACCCCCGCGACUUCCACAAGGUCAAGAUCGAUGCCAUCCUGGUCUUCUCCGACUCGCGUGACUACGCCACUGAUCUCCAGAUCAUCAUGGAUCUCCUCCAGUCCGAGAAUGGUGUCCUCGGCACGCGCGCCAAGGAUCCCGUCUCGCAGCGCAUCCCCAUCUACUUCUCCCAGGGAGAUCUCCUCUGCCCUACCGAGCACCCCUUCCCCCGUAUGUCGCAGGGAACCUUCAGGAUCGCCCUCGAGGCCAUCUACAAGCAGAUUACCGGGGUGGAGCUGGAGCGUGUCGUCUAUGGCAAGCCCGAGUUGGCAACAUACAAGUAUGCUGAUGAGGUGAUGGCCUCGUGGAUGGAGGUGAUCCACAAUGACGAGCGCCUGCCCAAGAAUAUCUACAUGAUCGGUGACAACCCGCAAUCCGACAUCAUCGGAGGGAACAUGUACGGCUGGAAUACCUGCCUGGUCCGCACUGGUGUGUACCAAGGCGAGGGCAACGACAAGGAGAACCCAGCCAGCUUUGGCGUGUUCAACAAUGUGCUGGAGGCGGUGCAGGCCGCUCUGAGAAAGGAGCUAGGUGACGAUUUCAAGUUUAACUGGAGCGAUUCGAUGAACCCUGUCACUGGACAGUACUCGGUGUCAGCGAUUGAAUAA